AUGUCAUCAGAAGCCCUCCUCCAACUCCAAUCAGAGCAGUCCAAACUGCUCGACGGCAUCGACGAGCUGCGCACCAUCGGCGUCGGCGGCCUCGUCGAGCUCCCUCAGCUGAUUGUCUGCGGUAAUCAAUCCAGCGGCAAGAGUUCCGUGCUCGAGGCCAUCUCGCGCGUGCGGUUCCCAGCGAAAAGCAACGUAUGUACACGCUUCGCUACCGAGGUGAUUCUUCGGCGUCAUCCCUCGUCCACAAUCAAGGUCUCCAUCGAGCCUGGUCCCAAGCGCACCGACCCCGAGGAGAUCCAACGGCUGAAGUCGUUCGCUCCCAAGUCUUUCUCCGAUAGCGAUGACCUGAAAGAUUUGAUCAACAAGGCCAAAGACUGCAUGGGGAUCACGGAUUCCGCGAAUGUGGGAUUCAGCGAGGACGUGCUCAAGGUGGAAAUCUCAGGUCCAGAGCAGCCUGAAUUGACUCUCGUUGAUCUCCCUGGUCUGUAUCAUUCCACGAGCAACGAGCAGAGCGCGAAAGACCGGGACCUAGUCCACGAUAUCACCAAGCGGUACAUGAAGAACACCCGCAGUAUCAUCCUGGCCGUUAUCUCGGCCAAAAACGACUAUCAUCACCAGACAGUGCUGAAUAUAGCGAAAGAUAUCGAUACCAACUGCGAACGUACUCUGGGUAUUAUCACUCACCCGGAUAUUACUGAGCCCAACUCGGAAGAAGAAGAUAAUUAUCUCCAGUUCGUCAAUAAUGAGAAAGUCCGUCUGGAGCUAGGAUGGCAUGUGUUGCGCAAUCGAUCGUUCCAGACACAAGACUUCUCCGAUGAGAAGCGGGACGAGCACGAAAGGGAAUUCUUCAAUAAGGGUCGAUGGAAGUCUGUGUCGCGCAACUCCGUCGGCAUCGACAGUCUGCGUAGUCGUCUCAGCUCCAUCCUGCUCAAACACAUCCGACGUUGUCUGCCCGAUCUUAUCACCGAUAUCAACAACAAGGUGGACGAUCGACUGCAGAAGCUGGACAAACUGGGCCCCCCGCGCACUACCCUGCAGCAGCAGAAGGGGUUCCUGCUGAAAAUCAGCAGCAGAUUCGAGCGUAUCACCGCCCAGGCUCUCAACGGUAUGUACGAUGAUGAAUUCUUCGGUGGUUUCGAUCAGAACUCUCACGUUCAGGACUUCCGGCGUCUGCGCGCCGUUAUUCGUAGCUUGAACGAGGACUUCGCCGAGGCGAUGGAGAUUCGAGGCUGUCGACGACAUAUUUUAGAGUCAAUGUUUGAUACGGGCCCCAACAUCCACGUGUCCCCGUCGAACCAGUACCUGGAGGGUUGGAAACCUACCACCGUCCCGCGAUACCAGCUGGAGGAGGAAGUCACCGAGCAGGCUCGCAAGAGUCGAGGCAUCGAGUUGCCCGGUAGCCCUAAUCAGCUGCUCGUCGGCAGUCUGUUUCGUGAUCAGUCCAAGCCGUGGGAGGAAAUCGCUCAGCGACAUCUGCUGGUCGUCUGGCGUACGGUGCGAUACUUCGUCUCCGAAGUGCUACAGCAUCUCACCGAUGAGCACACCUAUACCGCAUUGAUAGGGGCCCAGGUUGACCCGGAGCUCAACCGCAUGCAGCAGACCUUGCUGGACAAACUGGCCGAGUUGACGGCCCAUCUCAAAAGUGGCCAUCCCCUGCCUGUCGGGAAGAAUUUCCUCACGCGCAUCCAGAAAGCAAGACAAGAGAGACAGUUGAAUCAACUUAAGUCGAGCCUUGGUAAACGUAUUGGGUCUGAUGCUGGACUCACCAUCGGAGAUCUCGAACAGGCGACGGCCAAACUGGAGGUGUCAGGUGAAUUUGCACCGGCGGAAAUUAUCGACGAAAUGCAGGCAUACUACGAUACAGCAAUCGUAACCUUCGUGGACAAUGUCGCCACCCUAGCGAUUGAAAAUUGUCUCCUUGGUCCGCUGGGCAGCAUGUUCACCAGUCAAACCAUCAACAACAUGGAGGACAAACAGGUGCAGGAACUGGCCCGUGAACCGGCAUUCAUCUGCGACGAGCGAGACCGGUUGAAUAACGAACUGGAGAAGCUGCAAGCGGGAUUGCGCACUUUUAAUCCAUACAAUAUCCAGAAACCGCCAAUGCCUGGGUUCGUGAUGAACUCAGCGGAUCGUGAUAGACUGAAACCUUCUGUUCAGGCUGAUAGACUGAGCUCAGAAAAGACUGCUACUCCUCAAUCAUCAACCUCGCAGAGCACAUCUAAGCAACAGUUCCGUCGCCGGGUCCUUGCGGACACCGAUGAACGCAAGGGUGGUAUGUUCGGAGAUUUAGGAACGGCAAGGACCUCUGGAUCUACCACCUCUGAAUCUUUUCCUAGAUUCAAUGCCGAAAGCCGUGCCAACAAUAUCAGCAACGCCCCCCCCCUAUUUGGUUCUCUAAACACCGCAAAUUACCAGUAG